GUAGUAAGAGUGGAGGAUGUAGGCCAGAAGGAAGCACAACUGUUUUAUAUUUCUAAACGUGUUUAUUGCCUAACAAACAGACCCAGAACACAGCCCACGACGCAAGUAAUUCCUUCUCUCUCACAGGAAUCUGAGGUUUCAGCAAUGGACUCUCUCUCAGCAUCAAAUGGUAGUUUUACCCUCGACCUUUUCAAAAAGCUGAAUGAAUCUUUUAAAGGCCAAAACAUUUUCUUUUCCCCUUGGAGUAUUUCAUCUGCUCUGGCCAUGACUUAUGUGGGGGCAAAAGGUAACACUGCAACGCAGAUGGCUGAGGUGCUUCAUUUUAAGAAAACAACAGGAACUGGAGAAGGCUGUUUGCAGGUGACAAGAACUUCUCGUGGGAGGCCAAAGAAAAGGAAGAUGGAACCUGAGGACUGCAAAGCUGAAGACAUUCAUUCUGAGUUCCAGGCAUUAAUCUCUUCAAUCAACAAACCUCAAAAUUCUUACUUGCUUAAAACUGCCAACAGACUGUAUGAGGAACAGACUUUCCAGUUCCAUAGUGAAUACGUAGAAUUCAUAAAAAACUAUUACCAUGCAGAGCCCCAAGCAGUUAACUUUAGAAAAGCUGCAGAACAAGCCAGAAAAGAAAUCAAUUCCUGGGUUGAAAGCCAAACUGAGGGGAAAAUCCAGAAUCUGCUGCCUAGAGGUGCUGUUGAGCCCAUCACUGUACUGGUCCUGGUUAAUGCCAUUUAUUUCAAAGGGAAGUGGGAAAAGAGAUUUCUGAAUGAAAACACGUCUGAGAAUCCAUUCAGACUGAGCAAGACCAAGACUAAACCAGUGCAGAUGAUGUUUCUAAAAGAUAGAUUUCCAAUAUGCUACUUGGAAAAAAUGAAGGUCAAAAUUGCUGAGCUUCCAUACGUCAAUAAUGACCUCAGCAUGCUCAUCCUAUUACCAGAUGACAUUGAGGAUAAAUCUACUGGUCUGGAACAGCUAGAGAGGGAAUUGACCUAUGAGAAAUUAUCCAAGUGGACCAGCCCAGAAAUGAUGAAAAUGUCUGAAGUGGAGUUGUUUCUGCCCAGGAUCAAAUUGGAAGAGAGCUAUAACCUCAAAUCCACUUUGAGCAGCAUGGGGAUGAAAGACGCCUUCAGUCAGAGCCAAGCUGAUUUCACAGGGAUGUCUGAUAAUAAUGAUCUGUUUUUGUCACAAGUUUUUCACAAGUCCUUUGUUGAGGUCAAUGAAGAAGGCACUGAGGCUGCAGGUGCAAGUGCAGUCGUUGUAGUAGUGAGAGCAUCCUUAAACUCUGUAAGAUUUAAGGCAGAUCACCCUUUCCUCUUCUUCAUCAGGCACAACAAAACCAACAGCAUCCUCUUCUUUGGCAGAUUCUGCUCCCCCUAGAAUGUAUUACUCUCUGCUACCAAAUAACAUCAUUUGCUCACCAUGCAACUGGGAAAUACAAAUUGAAGCCUGAAAUUCAAAGCUUAGAUCUAGUUGGUGAUUUUAGUUAGAGCCCUGAACAUAAGCUGCCUCCGUCAGGAGUAGCCUCAGAAGUAAUUGUGCCUCAGAGACACACGCUGAGGCACAUUUUCUUCUGUGCUCCUCUGCUAUACUGAGCAGACAGUAAUCUACUGCAGCCCCUUACAGAGUGCAGCAUACUACCCACUGCACUGAGCCUGCUCUCCUGGCUAGUGUUAUGGGAGCCAGAGUCAUGGCUCUGUAGUCUCUGUCCCUCCCCACCUAUUUCUUCAUAGGACAGGAGAAUACACCUCAGCAUUCAUGCCAUGACUGCAUCCCCAUGCCUGCAGACAAGAUGGGGGCAGGUCUAAAGCAGUCAUGCAAAAUGAUUUGGGGGAGGAUAAUUUCUCUUAAUCUCUGCUACUGUCGCCCAUGGACACAUUAGACCCAGCCACAGUGAAGUGCUUAAUAAUUAAGACUCUUCUUCACAGGUAUUGCAAGUCUGUAUACAAAGGGUAACAGAAAACACAUUAAGUCCUGUUUGCAAAUCCCAGGCACAAGGCCAGUUAAUGAUAGCAAUUCAGCAUUAACUCUGAAUUUCAUAAUAUUUGCCUCGAGUUGUAUGUAUGAAGUUUUUCCCAAUGAAAAUAUAUUUUCUUUUGUUCUUUCAGAGUGUUAAAAUAGAAAUUUAACCUCAUCACAUACUGUCCACAGCAUUCCAUUUGGAACUAUGCCAUUCUGUCUAAAUGACUGAUGCUGGACCACUGAGGAGUCAGUCUGCUGGACAUACAUUGUACAUUCAUAAGUGCUAAAAGAGUUGUUCAAUCAGUAACAACACUGCUCAUAGAAGCAUAGGAAAAUCAACAUUAGGCCAAAUCCUCCACCCAUUGAUUUCAUUAGGAGUGUGAUUUGGCUGACUGAAGUGUUAUCGCAUAGACUGUAAUGAGUUUGUUAGAGAUUUUAUUGUCUGACAUGUAAUAAACUUGGAAGUGUACAAAAAA